CCGUUCAACGAUCCACCCAUCUGCAGCAACCCUAGCAUCCGCCGACAAUACCCAUGGAUCGUCGACAACCGUGCCGCUACCUCCAUUCGCGGCCGGAUGAUUGAAUAUGCUAAAGACCUAUACGCCAGUCAACACCGAUCACAUCUCUAUUCUGUACUCAUAGGCAAAACUUACGCUCGGUUCCUCCGCUGGGAUCGCAGCUCGGUUCUCAUUUCACGAUCUUUUCCCUAUCGUCGACAACCGCACCUCUUGAUCGCGUUCCUGUCGCGUUUCGCCAACCUCUCCCCUGCGGGAAUGGGAUACGACGACACGGUAACCCCGGCUUCUGCGAAAGAGGAGAGUUUGGCUCGUGAUGCUCUGAGAGACUAUGUCAACCCGCUCGUUCCUCGCCGUCUCUUCAAAGUGCAUGUCUCCGAUACGCUAGGUCCCGGUUGCGAUGUUAUUAUCGGCCCACCGAUCGCUAAGGCCACUACAAUCGUUGGCCGGUGCACGUCUGGCUAUCCUGCAUUCAAUUUGGCGACACACCAAGUAGAAUUCCUCAAGGACAGCUGGCGCGAUGAAACUCUGCACGGCAAAGAGUCUGAAUUUCUAAGAACCCUGAACGACCAACGAGUCCGCUACGUUCCAACACUGACAUGCGGCGGAGAUGUCCCAGGCCAUGUUACCACGAACCACGUUUACGUGGAAGCUCCUUGGAACUGUGGCAGGACCUCAGUGUGCAUCCGACGACGGCAAAGGAACCUCACGAAAGAGAUUGGAAAGAACUUGUCGACGUUUCAGUCUGGGAAACACCUCUUGCAGGUGACGCUUAACGCAUUCCUUGCUCACCGCGAUGCCUUUGAAAAAUGCCGACUACUACAUCGCGACAUUAGUGGUGGUAACAUCCUGAUACUCCCCAAUGGCGACGGGAUGCUGAACGACUGGGACCUCGCCGUCCACAUGGACGAAUGUCAAACGGAUCAACGUCAACUAGUGCGGACAGGUACCUGGCGCUUCAUAUCCACAAGACUCUUGAAUUGCCCCGGCAAGAGAAAUGAAUUGCAAGACGACUUGGAGUCUUUCAUACAUGUUGUCAUGUAUCAUAGUCUCCGCUACGUGUGCCACAACAAAGUCGACAGGCUGCCUGGUAUAUUGUACGAGAUAUACGAUUCGGUUCAGACGCACGAUGGCGAGGCUCAAGGAGGCUUUGGGAAGCGACGCCUUUUCGCUUCCAGUGGUGUCGAGGUCCUGGGGCGAGACUUUGCGUUCUCCAAGUGCCAUCCCCUCAAUGGGUGGUUUGAACGCGCCAUGGACCUUGCAUGGAAGUGGAUUUCCUACGCCGAG